AUGCCAAGGGCAACACCAACUAAAUCAAGACUUUCCGAGACAAAAAUUGGAGGUUCAAUUCCCCCAGAAGAAAAGUUCACUGGAACAGAGGAUGCAGCUAAGUUACACGUUUUCAUCACAAAUAUGGGAAUGAGGAUGGACACGAGACAACUUGACACUGAUGCAGAAAAAAUAGCAUUCUUGUGCGACAGAUUAUACGGUACUGCUGGGGUAUGGGCAGCACAAUGCUACCGCAAUUCACCAGGUUGCACAUAUGAAUCUUUCAAGACAAAAUUUGUUGAACAUUAUGCACAUAAAAUUGACCAUCAUAAGAUUAUCAAUCAACUACUAAACAUGAAA